UGAGUUCAGUUGAGGUUAUGGCUAUUUUCUAAUGGACAUCUCAAACUUUUCUUUUUAUAAGUAAUUAAAACUCGAAUUUAAUCAGUCUCAAUAAAAUUUAAACUUUAAAACCUAAAAUUUUACGGCUUUUAACCAAUAUAAAGUGAAAAAAGAAUCACUUUCAAAAAAGUAACUUGACUAAAAGCAAUCAGGUAAAUCAUAAGUAAAGACAUCUCAUUUAAUAUGCAUACUGUAACUAAUUGUCCAGUUAACACUUUAAAGAUGACAAUUUAAGGUAAAAAAAGUCAAUCUUUCUGCUUGUCUAUUAGUUCGUUAUUUUAAUGGUAUAUGGUGAUCAGGAGAAACCGAUUAUGAAACGAUUAACAAUGGUUAUCAAUGUUAAUCCAGCCUAUUGACAAAAAUCUGCAUAAAUGGCUAUUCAUUUCAUCUUAGUCAGUUCAUUUUCAUCAAAACCACCAAUUGACAAGUAUCAUCAAAAUGUUCAUCAAUUCAAUCACCUUAGUUGUAAGUUAAACACAUCUUUCAUCAAUACUUUUCCCUAAAAAUGUGACUCUCAAAGAAUCAAGUUGAAUUGACGUUCUUUUGUUUUAUUUGUUUCCUUGUCCAGGUAUCAUGUUUACUCCUCGUACUGCCAGCUUCCAUUCAUGGAUCAAUGGGCCACCACAGGGAAAGAAAUUAUCAGCCCAAUUACCGAGCAAACGGUGAACAUAAAUUGGUUAGAAAAGGCCAUCUUCAUGGUCAUCUCAUUGAAACUCCGUUGUCGGAAGAAGUAGCCUUGAUUGAACAACACCAACCAGCAAUUGAAAGACCAAGUUCAGUUGAAAUUAUUGAAGAGAUCCAUGAACCCAGGUAUUCAUCACCACCUACUGGUGCCAUCAUAACUCAUGGUCCUUUGAUAACUCCUCCGCAUCAUCUUCACCUUGUGCCUCUUAGACCGGUUAUCAACCCCAUCCAUACAGAUGUACAUACCAAAGUUGUUGAAGUCUCAGCAAUUCACAGUGAUACAGGCCAUGCCCACAGACUCGGCGCUUUUGCUGUUCAACCAAUCCUUGAUCAUUUGCACACUGGCGUUAUAAGGAAUAGUAAGGUCAUCGCAGUUCGACGUCAACCCAAAUCAAGAGUUGAAAUGUUUCACUCUCAACAACAAAUUGAAACCUUGGAUCCAGUUGAGGAAUUAUCAACUCCUAAUCAACCAAUGACCCCAUCAGGUUAUUAUGAAGAGCAACAACAGCUUCAACAGCAACAUCAACAACAGCCAAUCGAUCGUCUGAGAGAAUCAAGAAUGCCAAUAGAGGAACGAGGCCGACCUUCAAGAUCAAAUAAAUACAAAUUUAAUGGUCGCCAUCAAUCAGAGGCCAUUAUUGAACAAUCACCAAUCAUUGAAGAGAAAGUUGUUUACACUUCAUUGGCUAAUUCUGGGCAUCAUAACAACGCACACAUCCAUUCAGUUCAACCAGCUCGUUUGGUUAUUGAAGACAAUCAUCUGCAUCAUCACGCUCCACCUUCAACAGUUGCUACUUUAAUUGCUGAACCUCAAAGCAAUCAUCAUCAUCAUCAUCGGAUAGUUGAGCUAACACCAGCUACUCCAGUUGUGACUCCUGUUGUUUCCCAUCUUCACGCUGUUCGACCAGCUCACUCGACUCGAUGCCGUCAAAACCGGAGCUAACGGCCGCUGGUAAUGAGGAUGUAUUCGUAGUCACCAUCAUUGUAGAUGCUGGAAACGUAGAUGCUGAUGAUGGAGAUGAAGAAAUUAUAGCCGAAACUGUUGAAUUAAUUGUUGAAACAUUGGAAAGUAAUGGUGGUAUUUCAGUUGAAUCACUAAUAGUCUCAUUGAUUAUUGACAAGAUUUUACUCGUUUUGAAGUCUCUUUUAUCCAUUUUGUUUGAUCCUUUUUACAACAAAACAGGUGAGAAACAAAAGAAACCGAUAUUUUAUUCCAAGUGCUAUGUAUUAAAUUGACAGGCAAGAUGAAACACAAAUAUAUCCAAAAUAAAUCCAAUAGCGGCUGUAAUUGAACAUCAUAAUACUGUGAAACACAAAUUUUUAAAAUACAUGAUUAAACUAAUUCCAUCAAAAAA